AUGAAGAGCCUUCCACUUCUUCUGCUAGCAUGUACAGCAUUCUCCUCUGCUGUCCCUGUGGAUCCAGAAGAUGACACUGCAAGGCUUGUUAAGAGUUAUCUAAAUCGUUUCUAUGGCCUGAAGACAGAAGCACACUCUCGUUUUCGGAGAAAGAAGAUUGGGGCUGUAUCUGAAACACUCAAGGAAAUGCAGUCAUUUUUUGGACUGCAAGUGACUGGGAAGUUUGAUGAUGAGACUACAAAGAUGAUGAAGCAGCCGAGAUGUGGUAUGCCUGACAUUGGCAACUAUGUUCUAACACAAGGGCAUCCAAAGUGGUCAACAAAUGACUUGACAUACAGGAUUAUAAACCGCACACCUGACAUGAGACCAGCUGAUGUGGACAAGGCUAUCAAACAAGCAUUUGAAGUCUGGAGUAAUGUAACACCACUGACAUUCAGAAGAAUCGAGGAUGGAGAAGCAGAUAUAAUGAUCUCUUUUCAAUAUAGGGAUCAUGGGGACAAUUCUCCCUUUGAUGGACCUAAUGGGAUAUUAGCUCAUGCUUUUCAGCCUGGCCCCCGGAUUGGUGGAGAUGUUCACUUUGAUGAGGAGGAAACUUGGACAAAAGACAGUAGGGGCUACAGCUUGUUCAAUGUUGCUGCCCAUGAGUUGGGCCAUUCCUUGGGUUUGUCUCAUUCUACUGAUCCUGGUGCCUUGAUGUUCCCAACCUAUACCUAUGUGGACCCUAAAGAAUUCCACCUCCAUCAGGAUGAUAUUAACGGCAUUCAAGCCAUCUAUGGACCAUCUCUGAAACCUGUUCAACCAACUGGACCCUCAACUCCAGAAGCUUGCAACCCUAAUUUGUCUUUUGACGCUGUUGCUACUCUGCGUGGAGAAAUGUUGUUUUUUAAGGACAGGUUUUUCUGGCGCAAGCAUCCCCAGCGAAUGGACAAUGGGUUCAAUAUUAUUUCUGAUUUCUGGCCAACCCUGUCAUCUGGAAUUCAAGCUGCUUAUGAAAAUGUUGAAAAAGAUCAAGUUGUUGUUUUCAAAGAGAGCAAAUAUUGGGUUCUCAAUGGAUUUGAUAUAGCCUAUGGGUACCCUAAAAGAAUCCAUCAGCUGGGCUUUCCAAGGACUGUUAAAAGAAUUAAUGCAGUUUUCAGUGAUGAGAAUACCAGGAAAACAUAUUUCUUUGUAAAUGACAAGUAUUGGAGAUAUGAUGAAAACACACAAUCUAUGGAUAAGGGUUAUCCAAGGAAAAUAAUCAAAGACUUUGGAAUAACUGGCAAGGUGGAUGCAGUUUUCCAGCAUGAAGACUAUAUCUAUUUCUUCCGUGGAACAAACCAGUACCAGUUUGAUCCUAAUACCAAGCAAGUUGUCAGGAUCCUGAGGAGCAACAGCUGGUUUACUUGUUAA